AUGCACUUCGCUGCGGGGGCAGCAAGGACGGUUUCGUGUGGGACUCCCGGCCUGGGAACAAGACCGGACUACCCUGUAAACGCCGCUGUGUUCUCCUACGCCCAACCGGACCGUGGCAUCUACACGCGAAGUACGCAUAAAUCAAUCCCCUCUGAAAAAAACUUUUUAGAUCCUCUUUCAACGCGAAUCGUAAAGAAAAUCAAUUUCUUCGGAGAUAAAAGUAGUUUUCAUGGUAUGAGACAUAUUUUCUCCAGAUCUCGAAUUUCUUGGUUUGAAAGAUUAUUCUGGCUGACAAUAUUGACAGUAUGCAGUUUGGGAGCACUGGUAAUUCUGCGGUCGUCACUAAGCUUAUAUUCGGAGGACGCGGUCUCAUUUUCGGUGGAAACUAAUUAUCUGGAUUGGGAUACGCCGUUCCCAACGCUCACUAUAUGCGAGUCCCCGAGCACAGAACGUAUUAAAGCUUACCUUGUUGCGAAUAAACUACCAAUAUCAUUGACGAAUUUCUACAAGGAGGUUGUAUACUGGAAUGCGAAGUAUUGCAAACACUGUAGUUAUUACAAGCCGAAUGUGACCUGUGUACAAGACUUCGAAGAACCGGUUCGUCACAUGCGGCUUAAGUGUAACCAGAUAUUGACCGAUUGCUGGUGGGAUGGGAAGCCAUUUCGAUGUUGUGACAGUACGGAGUACAUUGUAAGAUCCUUUUUCUUGAUUUCCAGAUUUACAGCGGUAGAGACGGAGUACGGCGUAUGUUAUAGCUUCAAUUCAGGUCUAACGGGGAACAAUUCCAGCACGAUAAUAGUUAAUCGGCGCGUUGGACUGCCAACUCUUGUAUUCACCGCUAUUGAAGCUAUUUGGAUUCGAGUACAUGGACCAGAUGACGUGGUGUCAGUUAUGAUGGACAAUGCUCUCGGCUCAUCAGCCUCGAUACCGUUAGUCACUGAUGUUGAAGUUAUAUUGAAGGCAGAACAAACAGUAAGCGAUGUAUCAGUCACAGCACUACAUCCUGAUGUCCGCGGCUGUUUAUACAAGCACGAGCGCCCGGCGUUCGCUGAUAAGUGGCCUUUUAAGAAGUAUUCGUACAGCGCUUGCGUACUGUACUGCCGGGCUAUGGCUCAAUAUGAACUCUGUAAUUGCACAUAUCAUGUUAUGCCCAAGAUAGGUGAUAUUCCAGUCUGCGGUAUUCAAGGAUUGAUUUGUCUCAACCAAAAUAAAGAAUCACUUGAAAACCCAACCUGCAGUUGUCCGAUGGGAUGCGAAGAAAUACUUUAUAAACUGGUUCACAAAUUUUUUGUUAGACACAGUGCUAGUGGUGAACUGGCGUCUCGCGGAACUCGUGGUAAAGUGAGGUUGGCGCAGCUGCCCUCUUUACGAGUGCGAAGACUUGCUAUCAGAGAUACCCUAGGUCUUGUUGUGGACAUUGGCGGAGUUGGUGGUGUUUUCUUCGGAGCUUCACUUCUCAGUGUUAUAGAGUUCGUUUACCUUUUAUGUAUACGUCGUCAUUAG